ACAGUGCACUCCUAUGGACUAUGUCAAGGGAUUUGUUUCUGUAUUCCGGGCAAGUGCAUUUAAUCAGAAUUUAAAUGCACAAUAAAUACUAUCGGCACACCUGUAAAAAUUGUAACUACGGUUAGUUUACAGAGUUGAACGGAUCACCCGUUACUGUCGUGCCGUGGGAAGUCCUCCGUAACUGGAAUAUUACUGUCUAAAUGCGGACAUGGGUGUUCCUUUGGAUUCGUAUCUGUUUUCGCUGUGCUCAUAAUUUCUACGCAGAUUAAGGCACGCAUGCCAUGCUUUCCCUUGUCUAUGUGGAUAUGAACUUUCUUAGAGCUUCUGUUUCGACGAUCACAUGUUGGAUUCUGUCACUGUUUAAUAUCAAGAUGCUCCACGCGAACAUGUUGCGCCCUUACUUUUGGAAACAACAACAAAAACCUCGGACAGAAAUGUAAAAAUUUAACAUUUUAUACUCAAGGACCACAUUUCUAAGCGCGGAGGAGAAUGGCAUCGAAAGAAAGAUUGUAUGAGCUGUGGAUGUUGUAUUACACCAAGAAAGAUGUGGCUUACCUGCAACAGUGGCUGGAGGCCUUUGUGGCAUCCUUUGAGCGGCUCAUUGAUGUGCAGUCGCUGGCGCCCCGGCGGGUGGAGGAGGGCUGCUCUGAGGUGCCCCUGCUGCCUCGUGAGGUCCUAGUGCUGCUCAGCACCCAGCUGUGGCACAGCGCCCUGCACCUCUCUGGGUCCGAGCAGGGCAACAGCACCCCUCACCCGCUGCUGCUCAUCAAGUUCUUCAUCAUCGUCUGCAGGAAUAUGGAAAAUAUUGACCCUGACAAGACCCCUAGCUUUGUGUUUGAGACAAUAAAGCUGUUGAAUUUCUGCUUGACUCAGCUGAAGAAGCAGCCAGAGGAUCAGUCAUCACUCCAGUCAGUGGUCCAGUAUGGGCUGCUUCUGUGUGAGAGUCUCUAUGACCCUUAUCAGAUCUGGAGGAGACGCCUGUCAGGGGAGGAUGUAAGUCUGAUGGAGAGGAGUAGGUAUAAGUUCUCCCCUCUUCCUCUGCCAGAAGAGCUACCAGCUCUGUUCCAUGAUACCUUAGAGACCAGCGAGCAGAUCCCAGAGCUCCUCACACUUCGAUUGGUCAAUCUCCAAGGGGCUGUCAUCAGUGGGACCAAGAAGAACGGCCUGCUCUCCAUCACCCCCAACUCUGUGAAAGACCUGUUCUCCGUGCUGCGGGCCUGGUGUUGCUGCGACUCCCCCAAUCCCAAGGACCCCAGCCUGCUAAGACUGACCCUGCAGUGCUUGACUGCAAUGAUCCACACCCUCCACGGCAGCAGCCCCGCUGAGCGGCAGGUGGAGAUUAAGACUGUGCUUGACGGAUACUUCCAGGUCCUCAACUGGAACCGUCCCCUGGGCAGUGAGCCGGGGGGCAGGCGAACCUGGGAGGACAGCCUGAUCACCCUCCAGAGCCAGAUGCUUACUGCGAUGCCUGAGAUCCUGCAGUGUCCUGACAGGCCUGUGCUGCAGGCCAUCUUCCUCAAUAAUAACUGCUUUGAGCACAUUCUCAGGCUCAUCCAGAACAGCAAGCUCUAUCAGAGCAACAAGAGUAGGACGGAGUGUGUGUGUGACCUCACCACACGUUUACUCACAGAGGUGGAAGUGGACCAGGUUUGGGAGAAAGGUUCAGACUGUAUCACAGUGCAUGCUCUGGGGGUCCUCACGGCCAUCAUGAGUAACUCCCCCUCUGCCAAGGAGGUGUUUAAGGAGAGGAUCGGCUACUCCCAGCUGUUUGAUGUUCUCAAGAGUCAAGGCCAGCCCACCAAAAGGCUGCUACAAGAGCUGAUGAACAUGACAGUGGAAGGGGAGCACGCCCAUGCACUCCACCUGGGCAUCAGCAACGACCAGCCCCUGUUGCUGCUCCUGCAGUGGCUGCCCGAGCUGAGCACCCAGCGGGAGCUGCAGCUGCUGGUGGCCCAGUGGCUGGCGGCUGUGUGCGGAGGCUCCCUGUCCUGCCGCACCGUGGCGGUGGAGGCCGGCCUGGUGGGAGCACUGCUCCGGGUCCUGGAGGUGCCCCAGCGCCUGGACAGGCAGUGUGCCGACGCCCUGCUGGGCCUGCUGCAGGACCUGGGCUCCCUGUGCCUCCGGCCGGGCGAGCUGAAGAGCCUGCUCCGCCUGCUGAGGGUGGACCAGGACAGCGGCACCGGGAGGGCGCCUGGGAGGGGCUCACACCCGUACUGUGCCCGCAUCAUCAGGGUGCUGUCAGCCAUGGCGGCCAGGGAGGGUAGAGACAGCGCCCUGCAGUACUUUGACCUAACGCCCCCCAUGGCGGGCAUCAUGGUGCCCACGGUCCAGCGUUGGCCGGGCAGCGCCUUUGCCUUCCACGCCUGGCUCUGCCUCAACGCUGACUUCCCUCCUUAUCACUCGGAGUGCUCCAACCCCAGUACCCCUUUGCCCACCGCUGGCACGGGGGCCCCGCGAGGCAUGGGGAAAGGCCCUCGCAGGAAACAACUCUACAGUUUCUUCACGGCCAGCGGGACGGGACUGGAGGCGUUCUUCACCGUGGAGGGGGUGCUGGUGGUGGCUGUGUGCACUAAGAAAGACUACAUGGCUGUUUGCCUGCCUGACAAUCCUCUCACAGACUGCUGCUGGCAUUCUGUGGACAUCGUCCACAUCCCUGGCCGUCGUCCAUUUGGACAGAACAUGGUCACCAUCUACAUAGACGGAGAACCGUGUAAGACUGCCCAGCUGCGCUUCCCCUCUUUCAAUGAGCCUUUCACCUCCUGCUGCAUCGGCUCCGCGGGCCACCGGACCACUACCACCACCACCACCACCUCCCCCACCCUGCCUCCCCCGUCAUCCCUGUCAGGGGAGUUUGCCUUUCCCGCUCACGCCGCCCCCCUCACCCGCUCCCAGUCCUUCCCGGCCACCUUUGCGGGGGGCCGCUGGGGGUCGCUACAGGAGUCCCACGUGCACACCAUCCCUGCUGGGCUGCAGGACACGGAGUGGGGGACGCCGAGCUCUCUGGACGGUCUCCUGGGAACUGCCUUCAUCUGCCAUGAGGCCCUGCAACCGCUACAGGCCAAGGCACUCUAUGCCGCAGGCCCCAACCACGUGUCUCUGUUCAAGGCGGAUGGAGAGCUUUCGGACCUCAACAGCAAACUCCUCCUCUACUACACUCCACAGGCUUUCAAGAACCAGAUUUGUCUGGAUCUGUCUCCCAACCACCAGUAUGACGGCAGGCUAACUGGACAUCAGGUGGUUAACUGGGACAUCAAGGAUGUUUUGAAUACGGUGGGGGGCAUGGGAGUGCUGCUGCCCCUGCUGGACCAAGUGUGUGAGGCCGAGCAGGUGGACGGAGUUGGGCAGGAGACCUCGGACCUCCUGGGACCAGAGCUCACCUCCUCAAGAGGGCCCGCCGGCAUGCUGCUGCCCCUGGGCAAGUCCUCGGAGGGCCGUCUGGAGAGAAACAGCGUUGCCGCCUUCCUGUUGAUGGUGAAGAAUCUGAUUCGCCAUCACCCCGUCAAUCAUGAGAGCCUGCUGAACUGCCAUGGCCCUGCCAUCAUAGGAGCCAUGUUGAGCAAGGUGCCGGGAAGCAUGAUGGACAUGAGUGUUCUGAUGGCGUGUCAGUUCCUGUUGGAGCAGGUGUCCAGCGAGGGGAACAGCCCUCUGCUCCUGCAGCUCUACCAGCACCUGCUCUUUGACUUCCGCAUCUGGAGCAACAGUCAUUUUGCUGUGUGUUUGGGCCAUGUCCAGUAUUUGUCCACGGUAAUCAAGGAUGGCAAGCAGCGCAUGAGGAGGAAGUAUGGGGUGCAGUACAUCCUGGAUACCAUACGGACGCACUACAGCAUGGAGAAAGACGGCAGCCGCCUGUCUGAUGAGAAGCAGACGGUCCAGAUCUCUCUGUUCACCCUGCUGAGGGAUUUCCUGCUCAGGUCUCCCAGCCCAGAGGAGCUCCACAGUGUCCUGGCCUACACACUCGCCGUGGGAGAGGAACAGCAGGUGGUGAGUGCGCUGGACGUGCUUUACUGUCUAUUGCGGAGCACGCCCCCCAGGGAAACAGUCCAGACGGUGCUGGUGGAGUGGGGUGUGGAGCAGCUGUACUGCCUGCUCCUCAACCCCACCUUCGGGGACGAGGCCCGCGAGAGAGUCUUCAGGGUACUCUACAAAAUCCUGAAGAGUGAAAGAGUGCCUGAACGGACAAAGCACCGCGUCAAGCUGAAGGAUUUUGGCUACCUAGGCCUGGUCUGUUUCCUUGGAGACAUCCCUGUAACCAUGACCACCGUGCGCUGUCUGUACGAGCAGGUUCUCGCAACAGAUGCCUGCCCUAGCUUCAGAGACCUCCUGGCUGUGGUGUAUCUGUCACACAGAGCUGAGCUCACUGUCCGUCUGGACGUGUGUCGCAAGCUCUUCCACCUGAUCUACUCCAGCGAGGACUACGUCAGGCAGCUGGCUCGUCAGCCCGGCUGGCAGGACGUCCUCACUAAGCUCUACGUGAAGGAGUCCUUUGAGUCCCGAGCAGCCAGCGUAGAGGACUCCAGCACCCCCAGCUCCCUGGAGCCCCCCACCCGCCUCCCCCUCCGCCCUCCCCUCCGCCCGCCCCUCCGCAGAGACCACAGCAUAGUCAUAGAGGACACCCGGCCCGACCUCUUCCUCACCUACACCUCACGGGAAGAAGAGGAUGAGGAGGAAGGAGGCCCGCGGGACCUCUCAGAGGGUUUCUCCAACCUCUCCCUGUCGCCCCUUAACGGCGGCGGCGGGCAGCUGAAGAGCUACGCACACUCGUUGCAUUUUAAGUCCUUUGACUCAGCGGAGCAGGGGAGCCACUCGUCCUCCCUGUCCAACACGGUGGACAUCCCCUCAGCCCGCCGCGAGGAGGAGGGGCUCUACCACCCCCUCUCCCCCUUCGGCACCUCCCCCUUUGAACUGGAGCUGGGGGAGGCGGGCACAGGGACGGGCACCAUCACACCUGCAGGCAGUCAGGGAGACACCCCGUCCCCCCUGGAGCACAGCAAGCCCUUCCCCUCUCUGAGGCCCAGGAAGAGCUCCAGUCUGUCCAAUGUGCUUGACGACGCCAGCUAUGGAACAGAACCUCCCACUGGAGACACCAUCUCCAACACUUCCAACCCUCAGCAGACCCCGGAGGAGGAGCUGUGUAACCUGUUGACCAACAUUGUGUUCUCCGUGCUGUGGAGCGGCAGCGGGGCCGAGGGUGGCGAGGACGCCGUCUGGAGGGAGAGGGGCCAGGUCUUCUCUGUCCUCACCAAGCUGGGCUCCUCCUGCCAACUGGUGCGCCCACCCGACGACAUCAAACGAAGCCUGUUGGAGAUGAUGCUGGAGUCGUCCCUGUCGGACCUGCGAGACGCCCAGGGCCAGUCUCUGCCCCACUGUCCCAGCCUGGUGCGCCUUCUCAGGCUGCUCCAGGACUUCCUGUUCGCUGAGGGAACCGACAACCACGCUCUGUGGAGCGAGAAGAUCUUUGAGGGGGUGGUGAACCUGCUGGACAGGCUACAGGCAUGGCACUCUGCCCCGGGCUCCCCAGGCUCUCUGGAGCUCAGGGAGAUGGCCUAUAUCGGCCUGCGCAUCAUCACGGGAUACAUCCAGCAGCAGGACUCUCAGGUGUGUGUGAUGGCUUGUGUGAAGCUCCACAGCCUCCUCCAGACAGUGCUCUGCCUGAAGUGGGUGGAGGUGUGUUUCCUGCUGGGCCGCUUGGGCGCCCCCCUGUGGCCAAAGGGUGUCAUGGUGGAUGCCAAUGGCGGGCACGCGGAGACCUUCUCCCGGCUGGUGCCCAUCGUACGCACCCUCCUGGAUCAGCACGCUGACCCCGUCACGCUGCAGUCCCUGCUGCCUAACCUUCCGGUGACCAAUGGUAGCCCCACCUUCGCUCAGGACCUGCAGAACUACUGUCACACCGUGGAGUGGCAAGACUUCUACCAGCAUCAUGUCCAACCCACUAUGGAACAGUAUGAGUUGGACACGUUUGGGAAGAGCCACGACCUCAUGUCCAACUUUUGGAACUCCUGCUUUGACGACCUCAUGAGCACAGCCAUACGGCGAGACAAAGACAAAGGAGACAGCAAAGCCAAAUUCCAGGAGGCUAUUGUGAACCCUCACCUGAAGCGAGUGCGCAGUGAGAACAACAGGUACCACAGCGUACAGAAGCAGAGCUCCAGCCAGCAGGGGGUGGUGUGGCGUCACUGGAAGUCCCUCCGCUGCCUGCUGACCAGCGAGAGAGGCCCCUGGGCACACAGAGAUCCUCCAGUGGUUAAAUGGAAGCUGUCCAGUGCAGAAACCUACUCCAAGAUGAGGCUAAAACUGGUCCCCAACUACCAGUACGACACCCAUACAGAGGCUAGCGCUUUCAGAGACAACAUGGGAGCUGAAAGUCCCCGCAGCUCUGAACCCCUCCCCCUUGCUGUUGCGAAGGAAGCAAAAGUGAGUGACAUGGAGGACGACCAAUUGGGAGAAGAGGACAUUGUCUUUCUGGACAACCAGGUGGAGGGGGAGGAUGAGAGUCAGAAGGAGAAGCUGGUGCUGUCAGAGGACUGCGAGCUCAUCACCAUUGUGGCAGUGGUUCCUGGUCGUCUGGAGGUCACCACCCACCACCUCUACUUCUACGACUACAGCAGUGACAAAGAGGAGACUGAGGAGGGGAUCGGGUUCGACUUCAAAAGGCCUCUGUCUCAGCUGAGAGAGGUGCACCUGAGACGCUACAACCUGCGCCGGUCAGCCCUGGAGCUCUUCUUCAUAGACCAGUCUCACUACUUCAUCAACUUCAAGAAGAAGGUGCGGAACAAGGUGUACUCUAGGAUCCUGGGGCUGCGGCCCCCCAACCUCUUCUACUUUGGCUCCCGCUCCCCACAGGAGCUGCUGACGGCCUCUGGGCUCACACAGAAAUGGGUGUGCAGGGAAAUUUCUAACUUUGAGUACCUGAUGCAACUGAACACCAUCGCUGGGCGCACCUAUAAUGACCUCUCCCAGUACCCAGUGUUCCCCUGGGUUCUGUGUGACUACACCUCUUCGGUUCUGGAUCUAGAGGACCCUGAAGUGUUCAGGGACCUGUCCAAACCCAUCGGUGUGGUCAACUCCAAACACGCCCAGAAUGUCAGAGAGAAGUAUGAGAGUUUUGAGGACUCUACAGGCACCAUCGACAAGUUCCACUACGGCACACACUACUCAAACGCUGCCGGGGUCAUGCAUUACAUGAUCCGCAUGGAGCCCUUUACCACCCUGCACAUCCAGCUGCAGAGCGGCAGGUUUGACGUAGCAGACCGACAAUUCCACUCCGUGCCAGCGGCGUGGCAGGCUCGCAUGGAGAGUCCCGCCGACGUCAAAGAGCUCAUCCCCGAGUUCUUCUACUUCCCAGAGUUCCUGCAGAACAUGAACGGCUUUGACUUGGGCAGCUUGCAGAUGUCCCAGGAGUCAGUGGCAGAUGUGUUACUACCACGCUGGGCCUCGUCCAGGGACGACUUCAUCAGGAAGCAUAGGAAGGCCCUGGAAUGUGAGCAUGUGUCCAGUCACCUCCAUGAGUGGAUUGACCUGAUCUUUGGUUACAAGCAGAGAGGCGAGGAGGCUGUGGAGGCCCUCAAUGUGUUCUACUACUGCACCUAUGAGGGCGCCGUGGACUUGGAUGCCAUAGCCAAUGAGACAGAGCGCAAGGCCCUGGAGGGCAUCAUCAGCAACUUCGGCCAGACCCCCUGUCAGCUCCUCAAGGAGCCUCACCCCCCUCGUAUGUCAGCCCAGAGUGCGUCCAGACGGCAGGCCCGCAUGGACACUCUGCCCCUCAACCUGUUUGAGCAUCUGGACAAGCUGCGCCCUUUUGUGGAGGUGGUGAGUAAUGGCGUGCCACUGGUCCAGGCGUUAGUCCCAAAGACCCCAAACCGCUCCUUCAUCAUCCCAGGAUCCGAUGUUCUGGUGACAGUGAGUGCCAACGGUCUGAUAGGGACACACAGCUGGCUGCCGUUUGACAAGAACAUUGCCAACUACUUCACCUUCACCAAGGACCCCACUGUGCUCAACCCCAAGACACAACGUUUCCUGAGCGGGCCCUUCUCCCCGGGCGUGGAGAUCAGUGCCCAGGUCCUGGUGGUCUCCAACGAUGGGCGCCUGCUCUUCAGCGGCGGCCACUGGGACUGCAGCCUGCGUGUCACCCAGCUGGGCAAGGGCAAGCUGGUGGGCAGGAUCUGCCGGCACAUCGAUGUGGUGACGUGCCUGUCUCUGGACCUCUGUGGCAUCUACCUCAUCUCUGGCUCCAGGGACACUACCUGUAUGGUCUGGCAGGUCCUACAGCAGGGUGGCUUCUCCAGUGGCCUGUCACCUCGCCCGGUGCAAGUCCUCUGUGGCCACGACCAGGAAGUCAGCUCUGUGGCUAUUAGCACCGAGUUGGACAUGGCUGUCUCAGGAGCAAAGGAUGGGACUCUGAUAGUGCACAGUAUUAGGCGGGGCCAGUUCUUGCGGACAUUGAAGCCCCCAGGCGAGAGCUGUUUGCCAGCCUACGUCACGGGGCUGCAGGUGGGCAUGGAGGGCCACAUUGUGGCUCAGACUGCUCUGGACGGCUGCUCUGUUGGGAAGGAGAAGUACUCGCUCCAUGUCUACUCGGUCAACGGCCGUCUCCUGGCGUCCGCCACCCUGGAGGAGCAGGUGACGGCUCUGUACCUGGCAGCCGACUACGUCAUCCUGGGCACAUCCCAGGGCAACCUCCAUAUCCGAGACCUGCUCAGUCUGGACUUGGCAGUGAAGCCCCUGGCCCUGAAGGUGCCUGUGAGGAGUGUGUCUGUGACCAAGGAGGGCAGCCAUAUCCUGGUGGGCCUGGAGGAUGGCAAGCUCAUCGUGGUGGGCGCGGGGAAACCAGAGGAGGUGCGCUCCGGACAGUUCUCUCGUCGACUGUGGGGCUCCACCCGACGGAUCUCCCAGGUCUCUUCUGGAGAGACAGAGUACAACCCCACAGAGUACACUGGGAAGUGAGAAAGGCCCUGGGAAGACUGGGUCCCUUCAGACCCUGGGGUCAAUAGACCCCUGGCUCACACUGUGUCUCUCCUCCUGCCUUCCACAUCCUUCCCAUGCCCAGCUCAGCUCUGGGCUCUAGUUAUUGAACUCUCUGGGAGAGCAGCUACAGCUACUGCACUUAUUUCUUUUUUUUUUGAGCCUGGUGUUUUUUUGCUUUGUUUUUAGACUGCGUCAUUCCAAAGAAUGUCUAUGUUUUAGCGGACAAAAAGGGGAGCGCUUUUUAGAUGAGUAUAAUCCUUGAAAACGAUGACUGUGGAGGAAUUCUUUGUGGUGAGCCUACUCAUAUCUAUAAGCCUGGUGACUCACUCUGGAACACACACACACCUACACACAUGCCUGCCCACACACACACACACACACACACACACACACACUCAGUGCAGUAUGAGGGGAAGAAUGCUGUGAACUCUCUAUGUUCCCACCUCCUUUUUUCAGCAUCCCUUUUUUCCUCCUUUCUUUUGAUUGUUUCAAGGCCAGUGGUUUGGCAACGGCACCUUGACUCGAAACUUGAAGACUAAUGUUGCUUGAGAUUUAAAGUACCAGUAUGUACCACUAGUGGGUCUACUUUCUCUGCAUUUAAGUGUGUGUCCAUGUGUUGUGGGUCAAGCUGCUUCUGUGUGCUUCUCAUACAGUAGGUCAGUGCUGGACUAUGCACAUUCUGAUAAAGGUCAAAAUGUUAGGAUUUCUGGGGCAACUCAAAUAUGUGUAUAUGACAUGCCUGUACGCAAUGCUGAACAGAUAAAGCAAUAAUGGUGUUGUGGUCAAAGGUAUAAUUUGUUAUGAUUGUGAAGCUUAGAAGGUAUAAUUUCUUGUGAUUGUGAAGCUUAGAAGGUAUAAUUUCUUGUGAUUGUGAAGCUUAUAAGUAACCAGUUUCUGUGGAGGAAAGGCCAAAAGCCCACUUACCUUACAAAGAAGAGAAGACAGCCUUGUUUUAUUACAUGUAUAUAACUACUGUAUAUUAGUUUGUUUUAUUCAAGCUACUGUAAGUGUAUGGUUCAGACUACUUUUAUUGAUAACUAAAUUCUUAUGUUGCUGCAAAAUUGGUAUGUUAUUGCAAAAUUGUCAUUGCUCAUCUUCUAAGAUGAUUUCUCCUUGCAAAGUAACCUUUUAUGUUUUUAACAAUUUUGUUACAUGAACUAAAGUGCCUUUUUUUUUGUUGCUUUCUAUUGUCUCUUUAGCUGGAGCCUUAAACACACUGAAUUCCAGUAAGAUGGUAUGAUUACUAUACCAAGACUCACUCCCUUCAUUUUACACUUUCUAUCCUCUCACCUUUCUGUCCAUCAAAUUUGCUGCUGUAAAUGAUGUUUUAGAAAUAUAUCCUACACAAAACGGAUCACACAUCAUCCACACCAAAGCCUUACUUUGGAGUCGCCCUAUUCUUUGUGCAUCUUGAAUCAGAGUACACGUCCCUCGUUUACUGUUGAAAGUUUGUUCUGCUGUUGUUUUAUUUAAAGAGGAACUGAAACAAAGAGAUGGUGUCUGUGAAACACAUUUGAGGAAAUACUCUGACGUGAUUGGAGGAAUGCAAUUCCUGUCGGCCCCUGUAGUGUGGCCAGGGAUUAUCUGUUGUUAUGCACCAUCAUGAUGGAGGACAAUAAAGGGAACCGCUGGGCAAAUGCAAUACAGCACCAACAAAAUGGUGCCUGUUACACAUAUCUGGAUUACAGUGAAUUAUGGAGAGCUGAAAAAAAUACAGACAUAAUUAUAGCUUUGUGUGUGUGUGUGUGGGGGGGGGGGGUCUGCUCGUAUUAUAUGGAUGGUGUUUCAAUUUUCAGAAUCACAUUAACCAGUUAAUGUCUUAUGAUUCAGUUGAGUCUAGAUAUUUGUUGAAAAGGCGAGUCUGAAAUAGCUUGUUGCAAUGUAAAUGUCUGUAUUUGCUGUAUUCUUUGUACAGGAGUGUCUUUUGCAUAGUUAUGAAAGUCAGCUGCUUUUCAUGACCCUGAUGAAGCAUUGUGUGAGACUGGUGUAUGUAGUCCUACAUGAAUGUAUGUUUUUUUCACUUAACUAUGCAGCCGUGCUGACCCAUUUCCAGUUUAAUCUUCCUGGCUGACCACACACCUCAGUCCUCCACCUAGGACACUACACUGAAUGCAUAGUGUUUAUAUGUGACAGCUUUGUUUCAAAGUUCCAUCAUCUGUACCCCUGCACAAUCCAACCCAAGCCUAGAGUAGCCCAGGGCUACAUUGGUUCUGGAUCUGCUCUUUUGUAAUCACUAUUUUGGUGUUUGUAUUUUUCUCAAAAUACAUGCUUUUUUUAACUGCC